CCGGCGCUCGUCUUCCCGCGCGGACCAGGUCGGCGGCCGCCGCUCCUCCAGCCUCCCCGAGCCCGGGCGCCCGACUCGCUCCAGCCGCUUGCCCCCCCGCCGCCUUCUCGGCGCCCUAGCGCAGUCCCCGUCGCCCUUGGCAGAAUGAUUCCCUGCAGAGCCGCCAUGACUUUUGCCCGAUGUCUGAUCCGCAGAAAAGUCGUCACUCUGGACAGUCUGGAAGAUACUAAAUUAUGCCGCUGCUUGUCCACCAUGGACCUCAUUGCCCUGGGGGUUGGAAGCACUCUGGGUGCCGGGGUUUAUGUCCUUGCUGGGGAAGUCGCCAAAGCAGAUUCCGGCCCCAGCAUCGUGGUGUCUUUCCUCAUUGCUGCCCUGGCUUCCGUGAUGGCAGGCCUUUGCUAUGCUGAGUUUGGGGCCCGAGUCCCCAAGACUGGGUCUGCCUAUUUGUACACAUACGUUACUGUCGGAGAGCUGUGGGCCUUCAUCACGGGCUGGAAUCUCAUUUUGUCUUACGUGAUAGGCACAUCAAGUGUCGCAAGAGCUUGGAGUGGCACCUUUGAUGAACUUCUCAGCAAGCAGAUUGGUCAGUUUUUGAAGACAUAUUUCAAAAUGAAUUAUACUGGCCUUGCAGAGUAUCCAGACUUUUUUGCGGUGUGCCUUAUAUUACUUCUAGCAGGUCUUUUAUCUUUUGGAGUAAAAGAAUCUGCUUGGGUGAAUAAAGUCUUCACUGCUAUUAACAUCCUGGUCCUUCUCUUUGUUAUGGUUGCCGGGUUUGUGAAAGGAAAUGUGGCAAACUGGAAGAUUAGUGAAGAGUUUCUCAAAAAUAUAUCAGCAAGUGCCAGAGAGCUGCCUUCUGAAAAUGGAACAAGUAUCUUUGGGGCUGGUGGCUUUAUGCCUUAUGGCUUUGCAGGAACUUUGGCUGGUGCUGCAACUUGCUUUUAUGCCUUUGUGGGAUUUGACUGCAUCGCAACAACUGGUGAAGAGGUCCGGAACCCCCAGAGAGCUAUCCCCAUUGGAAUCGUGACUUCCUUGCUUGUUUGCUUCAUGGCCUAUUUUGGGGUCUCUGCGGCUUUGACACUUAUGAUGCCCUACUACCUCCUAGAUGAAAAAAGCCCCCUGCCUGUGGCAUUUGAAUAUGUCGGGUGGGGUCCUGCCAAAUACGUAGUUGCUGCAGGCUCCCUCUGCGCCUUGUCCACGAGUCUUCUGGGCUCUAUGUUUCCUUUACCUCGAAUUCUGUUUGCCAUGGCCCGGGAUGGCUUACUGUUUAGAUUUCUUGCCAGAGUGAGUAAGAGGCAGUCCCCAGUCGCUGCCACGAUGACUGCAGGGGUCAUUUCUGCUGUGAUGGCAUUUCUGUUUGACCUGAAGGCGCUAGUGGACAUGAUGUCCAUUGGCACUCUGAUGGCCUACUCCCUGGUGGCAGCCUGUGUUCUCAUCCUCAGGUACCAGCCCAGCUUAUCUUACAAGCAGCCCAAAUAUUCCCCUGAGAAGAAAGGCCUGGAAGAGUGUCCCAGCACUGCUUCGAAAAGCGACUCCCAGGUCACCAUGCUGGAAGGGCAGAGGUCUGUCCUGCAAACCCUCGUCAGCCCCUCCCUUCUGCCGACACAGCAGUCAUCUUCUCUCGUGAGCUUUCUGGUAGGACUCCUGGCCUCUGUCAUCCUGGGCCUGAGCAUCCUGACCACUUAUGGAGUUGGCGCCAUCGCCCGGCUGGAAGCCUGGAGCCUCGCUCUUCUCGUGCUGCUCCUGGUCCUCUGUGUCGUCAUCGUGCUCACCAUCUGGAGGCAGCCCCAGAAUCAGCAGAAAGUGGCCUUUAUGGUUCCCUUCCUGCCGUUUUUGCCAGCGUUCAGCAUCCUGGUGAACAUCUACCUGAUGGUCCAGUUGAGUGUGGACACUUGGAUCAGAUUUAGCAUUUGGAUGGCACUUGGUUUCCUGAUUUACUUUGCUUACGGCAUCAGACACAGCCUGGAGGGCAAUCCAAGAGGUGAAGAUGACGAUGAACAAGCCUGUUCAGACAACACGAACGCGGCCUCGGAAGAAAAAUCUGCCAUUCAAGCAAAUGACCAGCCCCAUCCCCAGAGAAAUCUCAGUCUGCCUUUCAUAUUCCACGAAAAGACAAGUGAAUGCUAACACUUGCCGGAGCAGAGCUGGUCGCAGGUUUAACAUACAUAUCCUACCCUGAGUAAACCAUGAAGGAUGUCGUUACCAUGCCCGGUUGUCGCGGGUGCUAAUACACAGUUCACCCUCAUCUACACUCCCCAGAUGGGGAGUCACGUGCCAGAAAACCCGAGCUCUUUCCUCAGUGACGCGCAUCCCCCAACUGUGGCAGUGUGAGUGGGUGUGUGUGUGUGUGUGUGUGUUUGGGAACAUAAAUGUUAAAAGUUAGUUGGCAUUUUACUAUGACUAUGUUACAUUUUUUUCAGUGUUGUCAUUAAUCGGUGGCACAUACUGCACAGACUGAAAUAGAGGGAAAACACUGACUAGAGAAGUUUUGUUUGUUGCCUUGUCUGUAGUGGGGGAAUAAUGAUGGCUUUUCCAUAUCAGGCUUCAUCAGUGUCAAGUUAGAACAGGCUACAAAUGCAGUUACCUAGGGCGGCGGCGUGGCCUCUUACUCGUCAGAUAAAUAGGACUUCACUUCUCCGACUGUGAAGGACGUGCCCCCUCAGCCCACCCAGGGACUACGAUCUCCGUGGGACCCUUAAGACUGAAAAGGAAAGGUGAGCUCCAUGACCAGAAAGCUCGCACGAUAAGCCACGAUGCGGGUGUGUUUGAAGGUCUCAGAAUAGGACAUAGACUUGGAUAAGUAGACACCAAGUGGCCUUUUUUUAAAAAGUCAUUUAAAAUCAGCCGAUAGGCUCUCCCAGAUCACACAGUUGGUAGAAUGACUCAUACUUGUUCCCGUACUUAAUAACUAAAUCACAGGUUAGUUUUUUUUUUAACCUUAUCAGGCAGAGUUCACUCCUUCGUUUCUAUUUUUAUUUUAUCCUUUUUUGUUUGAGACUGAGUAGUAUCUUUACACAAAAGAGGAAAAGGUUAAGGGAGAUACAGAAAAUUCCCUCAUUCUGAUGUAUAUUAAAGUGAUAUUCAGAUAAUACGGGACAUUUGGCCCAAUUUAAGGGACCCAGAUCUAAUUUGCCCUG